AUGGAGCCCCAAGGUCAACAUGGCAGCGGAGGUUCACUAGUGGUGAUUCAGCAGCCCUCCUUGGACAGCCGGCAACGGUUGGACUAUGAACGAGAGAGCCAGCCCGCAACCAUCUUGUCACUGGACCAGAUCAAGGCCAUCAGGGGCAGCAACGAAUACACCGAAGGUCCAUCUGUGGUGAAAAAAUCUGGUCCGCGGACAGCACCGAGGCAAGAGAAGCAUGAAAGGACUCACGAAAUUAUACCAAUCAAUGUGAAUAAUAAUUACGAACACAGACCCAGUCACGUGGGGCACGUGGCCCAUCAGCAUAACGCGAGGGCUCCCGUCUUGAGCAGGUCGACCAGCACGGGGAGCGCGGCUAGCUCUGGGAGCAACAGCAGUGCUUCCUCAGAGCAAGGACUGCUGGCAUGGUCACCUCCAUCCCGGCUGGGCUCAGGCCACAGACCCGAUCGGACAAUCCGGACGCAGCCCAAGCAGUCGUCGCUGAUUGUAGACGACCUGAAGGGUCCUUUGAAAGAGGACUUGGCGCAGCACAAGUUCAUCUGCGAACAGUGCGGGAAGUGCAAGUGCGGCGAGUGCACGGCCCCGAGGGCCCUCCCUUCUUGCUUGGCCUGCAACCGGCAGUGCUUGUGCUCUGCGGAGAGCAUGGUGGAGUACAGCACCUGCAUGUGUUUGGUCAAAGGGAUCUUCUACCACUGCUCUAACGACGAUGAAGGGGACUCUUACGCGGAUAAUCCCUGCUCUUGUUCCCAGUCACACUGCUGUUCUAGGUACCUGUGCAUGGGAGCGAUGUCCUUGUUUCUGCCUUGCUUGCUCUGCUACCCUCCUGCAAAAGGAUGCCUAAAACUCUGUCGAGGGUGUUACGACCGCAUCAAUCGUCCAGGUUGCCGGUGCAAGAACUCCAACACGGUCUAUUGUAAACUGGAGAGCUGCCCCUCCCGGGGUCAGGGCAAGCCCUCAUGA